AUUAACAACAUAUCAGCCAGAGCCACGGCAAAAAGUAACAAUGAUGUUGUGCAUUUUUGUAGCGGAAAAAAAAAACAAUAUAAUAGGAAAAAUGAAAUUCUGCAAAUAUGGUUGGAUGUGCAAUCUGGACUUUCAUAAUUGGUCAUAAUGCCUGCAAGCUGCAUCUCUAUCAGUCUUGAUACCUGAAAAUGAAAGACUUGGUAUCACCCUGUAUGAAAUUCUACAGUAUCUAGAAUAUGCAGAAUAGAACUGAGAGAUACAGUUCUAUAAUAACUAGACUUCGAAUAGGGCACACAUCCCUUAAUUACUCACUAUUCAUCAUAGGGAAAAGACAAUCUGAAAACUGUGCACAGUGUGGCCUGCCAAGUCCGAACUGCCGGGCCGAAACUGCUUGUUGUCUGGGUUGUGAAAAAUAGUGAAUAGCUUUCCGAUAACACACUGUACUUUCACCAAAUUCAGUUCACACAUCACUGCUCUCCUGCUGGUUAUACUAAAACGUUCAUUUUGAAAGUAAUUACUUUGGCACAUUUUCGAUGAUUUUUUUAUUAUGAGCAAUUAUUUUCAAUUUGAGUGUUGUAGUAUAACCAGCAGGAGAGGGGUGAUGUCUGAGCUGAAUUUGAUGAAAGUACAGUGUGUUACAGUAAAGUUAUUAACGUUUUUUUCUUAUUUAAAUUUCAUAAAAAAAUUUGUAAAAGCAAUUACUUUCAAAAUGAAAGACCUAGUAUAUCCAGCAGGAGAGAAGUGAUGUGUGAACUCAAUUUGGUGAAACCUCCUGUGUGUUACAGUAAAGACAUUAAUCGUUUUUCAUAAUAAUAAAAAAAAAUCAUAAAAAUAGUGUAAAAGCAAUUGUAGUAUAACCUGGAGGAGAACAGUGAUGUGUGUGAACUGGAUUUUGUGAGAGGCGGAUCUACGGGGAGGCAGCAAAACAUUUUUCGCGUUUCGCACUUUGCAGACGGUCCCUUCGAACAUGUCUCUCGGACGACAGAGCGGAGGAACGCUUGUUUUCAGGAAAACUCACCUGUAGUUCGUUUACUACAUCACUACGAGUGAAAAGAGACCUAAUUUGUGUACUAAAAACGUUUUGCUGGCGAGUUAUUGAUCCGGAAAAAUCGAAUCUGUCAAUAUCUUGCAAACUUUACGAACUCCAAAAGACGUGACUAUUCCCAAUGACGGUGCCGGUUCCUGCAGGAUUGACGGAGUUUAUCGUUAGUGUGGCGAUGGUUUCAUGGCUCGCGCACGGUAUUCUCAGCGUUAAUGCAGAUAUCGUCUCAGUGCCUGUGUCAGAGGGUGAUUCAGUCACUCUGCUCACCCAUAUUAAAAAAAAACAAGAUGACAGAAUCCGAUGGUACUCGCUUAACACUUGCAUUGCUCAAAUCACUAGAGAUCAGAGUAGAACCUGUGAAACUGUUCAGUGUAAAGAGAGUUUCAGAGACAGACUGAAGCUGGAUCAUCAGACUGGAUCUCUGACCAUCACGAACAUCACAAACACAGACUCGGGACUUUAUGAGCUGAAGAUCAAUGCCAACAGGAAUACAGAUACCUUCAAUGUGUCUGUCCAUGGUGUUUCUGCUGCUGAACGAGAUACGAUGAAGAGAAAGUCAGUGAAGGAGGGAGAAUCUGUUACUCUAGAUCCUGGAGUAAUAAAACGACCAAUUGAUCCAGUGAGGUGGUAUGUUAAUAUCACUCUCAUCGCUGAAAUCACUGAAGAUCAGAGUAAGAUCUGUGAAGAUGUUCAGUGUGAAGAGAGAUUCAGAGACCGACUGAAGCUGGACAAUCAGACUGGAUCUCUGACCAUCACAGACACCAGAACCACAGAUUCUGGAGAUUAUACACUGAAGAUCAGCAGAAGCAGAAACCACUACACUGUCACCAGCAUCAAGAGCAUCACUGUGUCUGUGACUGGUUCAGGUCUGUCUUCAGCUGCUGUAGCAGGAAUUGUUGUUGUUGUUGGUGUUGUUGUAGCUGCUGCUGCUGUGAUUUACUUUUGCCGCAGGAAAACCAGAAAUGAUGAAGGAAGCCCUCAUGAUCGGAGAGGAUCAUUUGCAAUGACCGUUUGCAUGCUUGAUUGAGCAUCAGCAGCUGCACACGAUUGCUGAUGGCACCCCUUUCCCAUUUAAUGAUUGGAUAGUUAC